AUGACCCUCGACUUCAAUUCAAAUGGCGGGGGAGAUGCCUUACUCGCCUUGAACUUUCACCCUCACAACCACAAUCAGCAACACCGUCAGCAACACCAUCAGCGACAGCACCGCGCUCAGCUUCAAGCGCACGCCCACGCCCACGUACAAGCCCAACCACACCAAACAGCUCAAAUAUACGGAUAUACAGCCUCGAGUUCUCUUCCCGCGUCAACCGCCGCUGCCGCCGCUGCCUUCAUCCAGCAUCCUCGCAUCUGGCCCAUUCCAAUCGACAUGGCCUCUUCUAGCAGCCCUCCUGGGGCCGCCUCCAGCUCGCCCGAGGAAUCUCACAUUCACUCGCCGCACUCUUACGCCUCGAGUCCCAACAGCCACCACUCGCCUAUCCAGAGCCCGCCUUUUCACCACGCCAUCAAUCCUCUGACCGACUGGGCUCUCCAGCAGCAGCAACAACAACAGCAGAUUGCUGCUGCUGCCCCUCACGAUCACCACGAUCUUGGCCCCCAGAUCGAUCUCUCCCAAUUCAUUCAGGAUCCCUCGCUCAUGAACUUUACUGGCCUUCCUCCGGCUUUUGCUACCAAUCCCAUGGACUACUUGCCCGCCACCACACAGGCCGCCAUCCAACAAGCGAGCCUCCUCGAAUCUGCUUUCCAGUCUAUGCCGCCCAUGGAUGCCGCCACACACGCCAUGAACUGGGGUAGCACAGGAAUGGAGAACUGGUCAGAAUUUCAACACAACUUGCAAAUGGAAAACCUGGCAAGGAUGGACAGUGUCGGCAGUAAUUCACCUACUGGCACAUACCUGGAAGUUCUUUCUCUGCCUUCGUCCGCUGGCGAUGGCUGGGCCAUGGUUGAUUGGGGACACGCACACCACAAUGUCGAGCCGUUUUCUCAAACACAGAAUGCUACUGCCAUCUUCAACCCAUCACAAACUCUCCACAUUCGUGCAGACUCAAAUUCAUCCGAUGGCGCCAACUCGCUAGACUUCAGCAGCUUUGAAGAGAUCCAUCCCUUCCCUUAUUCUCCUGUUUCCCCCGAGUCUGAUGGCCAUGGCGAUGCCCAUCACCAUCGCAACUGCUUUUCUAGCGAGAGCCAUCACACACACUCUCAUGGCAGUGUCUCCCCCAAGGCUGUCACGGCUGCCGCGCCUAUCAAGACUGAACCUUCCGUGGUCGUCAAGACUGAGCCAUCUACUCGUCACAGCCCCGGCAGCGGAGCUGGUGCCACCACACCACCAUCCGCCUCCGCCUCUUCGUCCCGCAGAAACUCUGGGCCACGCAAGAGCCCUAUUGCCAAAGCUCCCAAGCCUGUUGUCCGCAGAAUAUCGACCGGCAAAAAGGACGGCACUGGAGAGAAAAAGGUCGGUCGCAGAAAGGGUCCCCUCCGUCCUGAUCAGCGCAAGCAAGCUAGCGAAAUCAGAAAGCUUCGUGCCUGUCUGCGAUGCAAAUUUCUCAAGAAGACCUGCGACAAGGGGGAGCCUUGUGGUGGAUGCCAGCCUUCGCAUGCUCGUCUGUGGCAAGUGCCUUGCACUCGUAUUGAUAUCAAGGAUAUUGGCUACUUCAUGAAGGACUGGAAGGCCGACCAUGAGAGCCACAUGACUAGUGGUCUCUCCAUAUACAGUGUCAAGGGCUUCGCUCCCAAAGAGAGCCUCAUGUGGAUUACUCAUGGCUAUGGUUUUGCUCUGCCCAUUAUGGUGCGCGAGGUCUAUGUCACCGAGGACAGCAGUCUUUCCGUCGAGUGGCGUGAGGCUCCCAGCGUCAACGAAGGCUCCUAUGACUUUGAGAUCCGCUGUGAGAGGCUGGAUGUCGGCGCUGAGGGUGUCAACAGUGCUGCUUUGUCAGAGUACCUUGACAAGCACAUCGAGGGUCCUUUCGAGGACUUUAUCGAUGAUCACUUUGAUGGAACCCCGUUCAUUACCGAGAUUCUCAAGACUGCCCACCGCUACUACGCCAAGGAGAAGAUGCCUGUCAUUGGCAAGGCUCUCAAGCUGGUUCUCGCCUACAACCUCACCAUGCACAUCACCAUGGUCGAGAAUCAAGGCUCCGAGGUUCAGUUGGACAGCCAGAUCGAGAAUGCCGAGUCCAGAUACUACGGGCGCACUGUCGCUCCUGUCAUGGUCAACUUCCAGAUCAAGUAUGCCUUGGCUGAGAUGUGGCGCGAGCUGCAAAAGGACAUUCUGGAGGAGCUCUCUUCACUCUACUCCGGCGUCUACAGCGGCGAGAAGAUGAAGAAUUGGCCCACAAUCUUCAUGCUUGCUUCAAUUCUGCUUGCUGUGUGGGAGGAGAUGCAGUUUGACUGCCACUACCGCGUGCCUGACCCGGCGGCGGUGAACAAGUUCUGCACGGACAUGGAGACUACUCCCGUCGGUGUGAUUGUGGGUCUCUUCCACGCCAUCUCUCAAAAGCUUCCCGCCUUCACUGAAUGGGAUACUGCCCAGCACGGCCAGCUACUUCACAACAAUGUGUCUGUCUGUGAGGCCAUGACUGAGGUCCGAGAGUCUGUGGUCAAGCACGAGGCGUACCUGCGGGCUCGCAAAGAAGAGGCUAGCUUCGACCCGACUGACUUUGACUCGCUGUCGAACAAAUUUCUGUCUAAGCUUGUCAUCAAGGCCAACUAA